AUGGGAAAUACUUCUAGUUACUGCAGUGCGGUGUAUGCAAAUCCGCAUAUACAUCGGCGUAAAGAAAUGUGUGGUGACUUAAUAAGGAUUUCUAAUAUGAUCCACGGACCUUGGAUUGUGUUAGGAGACUUUAAUGAUGUGCUGUUGCAGAGUGAAGUUAUAGGGGACAGUUUAGACUUGCCAGAGCAAAACAAUUUGCGAAAACAUUGGAGGAUUGUGGGCUGUUUGAUAUGGGGGCUAUUGGGAGAAGAUUCACUUGGUACAGGAAGGUGCAAGAUGGCAGAUAGGGCUACCAAGGGCCAUCGUCCGUUCAGAUUCCAGGCUGCAUGGAUGACUCAUCCUCUUUUUAGGAAUGUUGUUCAUAUAGCUUGGAAUAAAGGAGCUCCGGAUGUGGUCAAAUGUUUAUUGGAGGUUCAAAAAGAUGCAACUAGCUUCAAUAAAAAGACGGUUAUCAGGCGAAAGAGGAACAAAAUUCAUGGAUUGUUUUUGGAGGAUGGGUCUUGGGCCAUAGAGACUUCGACUCUAGAAAUGGCGGCAAAUUCUUUCUUUCAAAAACUCUUUUCUACAAGGGAGGAUAUUGACCUGGACGCCAUGGGGAAUUUUCCUUGCCCGUCUCUUAGUACUGAGGCUUAUCAAAAGCUAGUAGAACCAGUGACGUCUUAA